AUGUUGUAGAGAGAGAGAGAGAGAGAGAGAGAGAGAGAGUAUGGAGAGGAGUAUGGGAAGCGAAGAGUAAUAAAUUUAAUAAAUAUAUUAUGUUUAUAUUAAAGUCUUUCGCACUAGAGAGAGAAAGGAUGCUCGAAAAACAAGAGCGAAAUAAAACGGUUGAUUCAGGACUUACUGCUUGCAGAUUGUAGUGUAAGUGUUGAUGUAGGUGAAUGUAAUUCUCUCGGAGCCGCAGGCCUUCAAACUGGGUCGGACUCAGCGGGAGAUGGUAGGUCCGGUCGGAGGCGUUCCGGGUGCGAUGCACAAUGGUCUGCAGAUCCCAACCAGGGACGUUUCAACUGACACUUUUUCCUCUCGACCGAGACUUGCGCUCCGUACGAGUUUAAAAACCGCGAUCCGAGAGUCACAGAACUCGGACAUACAAGAUGUCACGGAACUGUGAUUCGGAUGAACCAAAGAUCAAGACUAGAUUACCCGCUUCGCUAGAAGACGCACCUAUUUAUACUAUUUUUCAUCUAUGAUUCUCUUUGUCCCAUCGAGGGCCGUGUGCACCACUUUAUUCAUUAAUACACCCACGUGCAAUAUUUGUUUUUACGACUUUUUUAUAUUCCUCGGUAAUUGUUAUCCGAGAAAGCGGUAGGUUUGACAAUUGAACUCCCGGAAAGCAUUAAAUGUCAAAAUUCUUCGAUUUAUUGCUAUGCGGGUGUCGGACAUUCAGAACUCGAAGGAGUGCACACGUGCAUCUUCCAGCUCCCUGAUUUUACUAUCUUUGGUGUUUCCGGCGUCGAGCAACGGUCAUCACCUCAGAUCUCCAUAAUUGGUGAAUUUAUAACUACUUAAUUCGUAACAUCUGAUUAUUACCGUGAGAGUCACCGUAUUCUUGGAAUCGGGGUGAGAUCACCGCCGCUCGGCCCCGUUAAUUAGAGGAGACUCGGGCAAAAGAAAUCGUUUGUUUUCAAAUGGCUAUAAUUCUAUGUUUAAAUUAUCAAAUUUGCAAAAUAAUUAUACUAAAAUGUAGCUUGAAGUCUCUACUUUCUGAAACUGACGUUGAAUUUUGCAUAAAAUUAAUUUUAACUACCCUCACAUGACUUUUACGACGACACCUUUUUUUAGACACUUUUCAAAACACCCGGGCAAAAGGAAUCUCCAACUCGGGCAAAAGGAAUCGCCUAAAAAAAUUACUAAAAAUUAUUAAAAAAUGGACUUUAAAAGUGAAAAACUUUAUUAAUCUGACAGAUAUUGAAAAUAAGUAACAAAAUUAAACAUAGUUUUGAAAGGAAUGAUUAGGAAAAUUACGAAAUUAAGGUAUCUAUUACAAUUCUUGGCAGAAAUCGCAUACAUAGAAACCUAUAACUCGUACACGCUUCAUGAACCCGGUAUAACACGUACACGCUUCAUGAAUCAUAAAAAAACCAUCUAAAAAUGAAAACCAGUAGCCUAGGUACACUAUUAAUGCAAGCUAAGGUAACAUGUUAGCGAUUCCUUUUGCCCGAUUCCUUUUGCCCAAAACAACAUGCUUUCAUUACUUAUAUAAUGAUGCUAUCACUAAUUAAUUUAUGCAAAAUAACUUUGGUAUUUUCUGAAACUAGACAAAAUUUCCUUUACUUUGAUAUAUUAUUUACUUUCGUAGCAGUUAUAGUUUUCAAAUCAUUCGAACAUUAAAAAACGUAAAUCUUGAACAAUGAUAGCACAUAAACACAUUGUAUAACAUAAAUAACGUUCACGCUAAGCUGUUGAAAGUUUUAUGGUUGCAAAAUAUUCCGCAUUCGCAGCACUAUCGAAUGACAGUGUUACCAACUUCCUGACAUUAAUAAAAAAAAGUUGUUUCGAGUUUUCUUUUUGCCCGGGCGAUGCCUUUUGCCCGAGUCUCCCCUAGAAUAUCCGCUGGUUGCGAAGGAAAGAAUUGUUACUCUGCAGGACGUAACAUAUGAUUUAUAAUAAAAACUUUCUUAAAUUCUUUGUAUACAUACUUGCAUAUUAUAUGUAUUCUGGAUUAACCCUCCGUAGGCAGUCUCGGUCUUUUUUGUUUGAAACGAAAUUCUUAACCUCAAAUUUUUUUGUUCACUUUCAAACUUUUAUUAAAUAAAAAUUUUAACAUUGAAGGAAUUAGUUAUUAUAAUGUAGGAAUGUGCUAAAGUAUUAUAACUAGUGCCCGGAUUAAAGUUCUCAGAUCGAAUCAACCGUAGCCAGUUCUCCCCACUGUGUUUGCACAGCAAUUCAGCAUAAAUAAAACGCUGAUAAAAACAAAUAACAUUGAAUCUCUUUGUCUCGCGAAAACAAAAUUCAUCCUUUUCAUGACAUUUCCAGGGUUAUAUAUUUCUUAGUUCUACAUUAUUUUUCUUUUUCACUGUAUUGCUUGACUGUACACUUGUUGACUAAUUUUGUUAGAGUAUCUGUCUGCACAAAUUUCUUAUUUUAAAAAUAAAUAAAAUAAAUAAGCCUCUGAAAAUGUGAAUCAACGAACAUAUGAACAUCUUAUGUUGGUUCUUACGGCAUUUAUUUAUUAUUUAUUAUUUUAAAUAUUUGAUUUUUCAUUUUAGUUACCAUGAAUAGAAAGCGGCAAUUUAUUCCAGAAAAAAGCCUAGAAAUUUUAAAAAAAUUUGGAGAAAAUGUUUUUUCCAUUAAUAACGAUAAAAUAUUUUGUAAAAUAUGCCUCAUCGCAAGCAGUGCUUUUGUUAGACAUAUAGCUUCUAAAAAGCAUACGGAAUACAUGAAUAUGCAGUAUGAAUCGUCUAAUGCUGAGAACACCCUGGUAAUUCCCUGAUGAAAAUUUUCGAUAGAAAUUGAUAGAAAACUGAUUCUAUCAAUGAUUCAUAUUUGUGAAUUCACGAACCAAAAAUCUAUAUUUAAAAUGAUAUAAUUCUUAUUUUAUCAUUUUCUAUCAAAAAUUUUAUUAUUAUAAAUUGUUUUCUAUCGUUUUUUGAUAGUGAAGUGAGCUGUGAGAAACUCGCUACGAUCGACUCGAAAUGGUACGUCGGCCGGCGGUAAAUUCGGGCUCUAAUUAUAACCGUGAAUUUUUCCUUAGCUUUCCUAGUUUGUGCUAUAUGACACAGAGAGACGGUCAAAGGAUAACCUUAAGAUCGACUUAGGACUUGGACGACCUAAGGACGUCCUUAGGCUCGGCUUAGGACUUAGAUGUCCCAAGGACGUCCUUUGGAUACGAUCAUGGUAUAAGGACAAGGGUAUGCUCGUCCGGUGGUAGACCACUGCGCAGGUCAACAAGCAUACGUCACAUUCGGCCAGCUUCGGCUAUUUCCUGAGCGGUUCGUGUUCGUGAAAUAUGGCCACUAUACACGUGCUGUAUGGAUAACUUACAUCCGGCUAGCGUCUGUGUAGUGUGUUUUAGUGAGAAUUGUGAAUUUAUUGCGAAGAAAAAAAUGAGCUGUGCAGUGAAAGGAUGUACGAACCAUUCUCGGAAAACGAAAAAUAUACCUGGAAAAAAGGUGCAAUAUUUUUCAUAUCCAAAAGAUAGUGCAAUUGCUGCAGAGUGGCGUAAAGUCUGUGCAAAACAAGACGACUGCGUUAUUAAAGGUAUGAUACUGCGAAAGUAUUUUGUGAUAUUAUUAUUUAAUAGAUACAACCAACGUGAAUAUAAUAAAAUAUACAUUGUUUUGUUUAGGGAGAAUAUGUUCGAUUCACUUCGAACCUUCGUGCUUCGAGAAGUCUCUACAGCAACAACUAUUGGGGUAUUCUCCAGCAAGAGUACGCAAGUUGCGAUCUGAUGCAACUCCCACGUUACAUUUAUGUAACGAGUCAUCGAUUGUGACUGAGUUAGAUACAUCAUUGCACAUCGACAAUGUAUCAGAAGUUGUGGAUACUAUUGUUGAUGCAACACCAACAACAUCAACUGCUGCAACGGACCUAUGUAGCCAUGCUGAUGACGCCAGUUCCGUACAAAAUCUGCAAAGGGAAUUAGCAGAAAUGAAAAAGAAGUUGCAGAAGUACGAGGAGAAAGAGAAAUUGGACAGUGAUAAUCAUCAGCAGCAAUUAACAGCGAUGAAGGAAAAGUUAUCGGAGUACAAAGAACAACGGAAUCGAGAGCGUGAAAUGUUCGAGGCAAAGAUAUACGACGUACUGAACAAAGUUUUCACGCCAGGACAAAUCCGAUCAUUGCUGAAUCCAUCCAAAAAACGCGUGAUAUGGUCUCCCGAGGACAUAGCCAGUGCUAUGUCGUUAAGAAGCGUUAGCCCGAAAGCAUACAGAUAUUUGCGAAACGUUAUCAAAACGCCUCUCCCUGCUCUUUCAACUCUUAGAAGGUGGGCAAGUAAUAUUAGUACAGAGCCUGGUAUCAUAAAUGCAGUGCUUCAUUGCAUGAAAGUUAAAGGAAAAAGCAUGGAAAAUUUCGAAAAAUUGGUUGUCGUAACGUUCGAUGAGGUGUAUUUAUCGAAUAAAGUAGGUAUCGAUCGUAAAAUCCAAAAAGUGAUAGGACCGCAUAAGACGUGCCAGUGCGUUAUGGUACGGAGUUUGUUUGCAAAUUGGAAACAGCCUAUAUAUUACGAUUACGACAAGGCGAUGAAAAAAGACACGCUUGAAACUAUUAUUUCGCAAUUAUAUCACGUUGGUUACACAGUUGUAGCGAUUGCAUGUGAUAUGGGUUCGAGUAACAUGGCACUAUGGUCGGAAUUAAAUAUAGAGGUACCACCGAAAAAUUGUCACUUUCCUCAUCCUGUUGAUCACAGUCUACAAGUGUUUGCAUUUGCAGAUGUGCCGCACUUAUUGAAACUGGCAAGAAAUCAUUUGCUUGAUAACGGAUUUACCGUCUGUGGACAGCGUAUUGACAAGAAAUGUCUCCAGCGAAUAGUAGACAUUAAUACAAAGGAUAUAAAAGUGUCGUAUUCUCUCACACAAUAUCAUCUCGACGUUCAAGGAACAGAACGACAGAAAGUACUCCCCGCUGUACAGGUAUUUUCGGAACGUGUUGCGAAAGCUAUUGAAUGGUACGGAUUGAAAGGUUAUAUGGACAAACUAGACUGGACAGAAUCAGCGCGCGUUAUUAAAUUAUUCAACAAUUGGUUUGAUAUUUUUAAUGCUAGCAGUAUGUAUGGGCAACAUGAGGGAAAAAAUGCAUACGGUAUUAAUGUAGAGAGGCAAAAUUGUAUAUUAGAUGAAAUGAACACGCUCAUGAAUGAAAUUAAAAUUGGAAACCAUAAAAGUUUAAUAGCAUUUCAAAAAGGAAUCAUGGUAAAUAACAGUUCUUUGCGGAAAAUGUUGCCUUAUAUUCAGGAAAAGUAUUCCAAUUCUAAAUUUAAGAUCAUGUACAUUUUGACGAGGCGUUUAGACUAGGACGUACUUGAAAACUUUUUCUCUUUUAUUAGAGCCGUUGGCGGUACAUAUGACCAACCAACAGCUGUAGAUUUUAAGUACCGAAUAAAAAAGUAUAUUUUAGGCAAGCAUUCGACCAAUCUUUUUUGCGGAACUAGUAACGUAACUGCAGAAGAACCUGAUAUAUCUUGUUUCGUAUCUCCCCUUGCGAGCGAUUCUUCCAUAGUUUUAAGCGAAAUGUUUGAACCGUAUAUAUUACAUGACAAGCCAACGAAUUUUGCAGAAGAGGAACUGUGCACGGAUUGUGAGGUAAAUAAUAAUGUUCCGGUUUGUGAUACAUCUACAUUUCAUCCAAGUCUAGAAGAAAAUUUACUUUUAAAGGCGUUGGAUGAAAUGGACAUUGUAGACACUAUCGAAGAUGAAGGUCUCAAAUAUAUCGCGGGUUAUGUAGCAUAUCGUUUCAAACAUAAAUAUAAUAAUUUAGGGGUUGAAACUGCCGAUAUGCCUGUUGUAGCCGAUGUAGACUGGGUACAGUUUAUCUCAAGAGGUAAAUGUAUGUAUCCAUCAGACGACUUAUUAAAGGCUGCGCGAAUCAUGAAAGUCGAGUUCAGUAAAUACCACGGAUCGAGUCUUUGCAAAGAUAAAUGGAUCUUUGAAAAGCUCGCCGAUAUAGUCACAUCACAGAUUGAAUCGAUCGAACUACCACGCGAUGUAAUAUUAUGUCUCGUUCGAACACGGACUUAUAUUCGGAUUCGCGAAAUCAAUCGUCAAAUAAGUGUUCAAAAUAGAUGUAAAAAUAAGAAAAAGAAAUUAAUUAAAUUUACUAAUAAUAAAACAUAAUGGUACGCAUCUUCUAUUUAUUUAUGUAUGUAUUUAGUUUAGGAUUAAAGAGCGAAUAGAUUGUAAGUGCGCGCGUGGAAUGGAUGGAUGAAUGGUAUAAGUAUAAUUUGUAAACCAAGUCCCUUUCUUAGCAAGUAACUGAAGUGAAAUAAAGUAAUAAAUAAUGGUA